AUGGUGAUCAUGUCGGAGUUCAGCGCGGCGGCCGCGGGCUCAGGCCAGGGCCAGCAGAAGCCCCUCCGUGUGGGCUUUUACGACAUUGAGCGGACCCUAGGCAAAGGCAAUUUCGCGGUAGUGAAGCUGGCACGGCAUAGAGUCACCAAAACCCAGGUUGCAAUAAAAAUAAUCGAUAAAACAAGAUUAGAUCCAAGCAAUUUGGAGAAAAUAUAUAGAGAGGUUCAGAUUAUGAAGCUUUUGAACCAUCCUCACAUCAUAAAACUUUAUCAGGUUAUGGAAACCAAGGACAUGCUUUACAUUGUCACUGAGUUUGCAAAAAAUGGAGAGAUGUUUGAUUAUUUGACUUCCAAUGGGCACCUGAGCGAGGAGGAAGCACGGAAGAAGUUCUGGCAGAUCCUUUCAGCCGUGGAGUACUGUCAUAGCCACCACAUCGUUCACCGGGAUCUCAAGACCGAGAACCUGCUGUUGGACAGCAAUAUGGACAUCAAGCUGGCAGAUUUUGGAUUUGGGAAUUUCUACAAGUCAGGAGAGGCACUGUCUACAUGGUGUGGGAGCCCCCCAUAUGCUGCCCCAGAGGUCUUUGAAGGGAAGGAGUAUGAAGGCCCCCAGCUUGACAUCUGGAGCCUUGGUGUUGUGCUGUACGUGCUGGUCUGUGGCUCGCUGCCCUUCGAUGGGCCCAACCUGCCUACCCUGCGGCAGAGGGUGCUGGAGGGCCGCUUCCGCAUCCCCUUCUUCAUGUCUCAAGACUGUGAGUCAUUAAUCCGCCGCAUGCUGGUCGUGGACCCUGCUAAGCGCAUCACUAUUGCCCAGAUCAAGCAGCACCGGUGGAUACAGGCAGAGCCAGCUCUUCCGCAGCCCACCUCCCUGGCCUUCAUGGCACACGACUACAACUCCAACCUGGGUGACUACAAUGAGCAGGUGCUGGGCAUCAUGCACAUGCUGGGCAUUGACCGGCGGAGGACUGUGGAGUCAUUACAGAAUAGCAGCUAUAACCACUUUGCUGCCAUCUAUUACCUCCUCCUCGAGCGGCUGAAGGAGUAUCGGAGCUCCCAGCUGCCAACUCGCCCAGGGCCUACUCGGCAGCCCAGGCCCAGGAGCUCUGAGCUCAGUGGUUUUGAGGUGCCUCAGGAGGGCCUCACCAGUGACCCUCUCCACUCACCCCUGUUCUGCCCGCAACCCCAGACCUUGGCACAGUCCGUCCUACAGGUUGAGAUGGACUGCGACCUUAGCACUUCACUCCAGCCCUUGUUCUUCCCCAUGGAUGCCAGCUGUGAUGGAAUGUUCCGACACCGCUCUGUCUCCCCAAGUAGCCUGCUUGACACAGCCAUCAGUGAGGAGGCCAGGCAGGGCCAGGGCCUAGAGGAGGAACUGAAGGCACAGAAGCCCCUGCCCAGUGCUACAGGCCGACGGCACACACUGGCCGAGGUCACCACCCACUUCUCCCCAAGUAUCCCUCCAUGCAUUGUCAUUUCCUCCUCCUGUGCCGCAGCAGUGGGCCCUUCUGAAGGAACCAGCUCUGACAGCUGCCUGACCUUCUCAGCAAGCAACGGCCCUGUGGGGCUCAGCAGCUUGGUUGCCCAGGGGCUGGAGGGCACCUGCUCACCUGUCCGAGUGGCCGCACCAUGCCUGGGGGCCCAGUCUGCCACCCCAGUCUUGCAGGCACAGGGGGGCCUAGGCAGUGCUGUCCCACUCCCUGUCAGCUUUCAGGAAGGACGGAGGGCCUCAGAUACUUCACUCACCCAAGGGUUGAAAGCUUUUCGACAGCAACUGAGGAAGAAUGCCAGGACCAAAGGAUUUCUGGGACUAAACAAGAUCAAGGGGCUGGCCCGCCAAGUGUGUCAACCCUCCUCUGCCAGCCGGGCUCCACGGGGUGGCCUGAACCCCUUCCCACUCCCAGCACAGAGCACUGGCCCAUACAGCAGCGGAGGCAACUGCCGGGAGGGCUGGAAUCUGCUUGAAGAGGUGCUCCACCAACAGAGGCUGCUCCAGUUACAGCACCACCCGACAGCCCAGCCCAGCUGCCCACAGGUGCCCCCACCACCCCAGACUCCCUACGUCCUCGCCUCCUGUGACAGUUCUGGCAUUCCUUCGCUCUCCAGUACCCUCCUGGUGGCAGGACUCCAGAAGGAGCUGGUGUUGGGGGCCAGCCCACUCCUGCCGCCCCAUCUCUUCUCAGCCACUGCCUCCCCCAUGGCCUCAACAGCCCAGCUCCUGGAUGCCCACCUGCACAUCAGCUCUGCUGCAGUGCCCCUCGCCCCCAUCACGACUCCGCAGCCCCACUUUGCUGUGUUGCCCCCUGGCUUUGAGCCCACAGGGCUGGCGCAGGGAGACUGUGAGAUGGAGGACCUUACUGUGGGCCAGCUGGGCACCUUCGUGCUGGUGCAGUGA